UCUGAUUUUUCUCCACUGGGGACAAAAAUCCUAGCUAGAUGCAUCUUCGGUUCCACAGAGCUCGCUGAAGACUCUUCCAGGCCUCCAGUGAUUAAGAAGAUGAAGGACUCAAACGGCUACCAGAAGGAACACUUGGCCAGAGAAAGGGUAGAAGCUGUCAAUAACCAGUACGUGAUCACCGGACCAGUUUACUCAGAUCUAUCAUUUGAUGAAGAGCACCAGAAGGUCCAUAGACACCAUAAAACGUUGGUGGACCAUCUCAGAUUAUGCUUUAGGUGUACCCCACAAAGGGCCAAAAGUGCCGCUCUUCAUUUGUUCCCUGUGGCUUCCUGGUUACCAGCAUAUCAGAUCAAGAAAUGGCUUCUUAGCGACAUCGUUUCCGGAAUUAGCACGGGGCUGGUCGCCAUCCUACAAGGCCUAGCAUUUGCUUUAUUGGCAAACGUUCCUCCGAGUUAUGGACUCUACGCAGCAUUUUUCCCCGUGGUUAUAUAUUUCUUCUUUGGCACGUCCAGACAUAUAUCGGUCGGACCGUUCCCCAUCCUGAGUCUGAUGGUAGGAGGAGCAGUUUUAAACAUGGUCCCAGAUGAACCUGGGAAUCCCAGCGUGCCAGCAAACAGUUCAUCAUUAAACCAGGAAAGAGUUAUGGUGGCAGCAUCCGUUACAGUCCUGGCUGGCAUCUUCCAGUUAGUCCUGGGUGCCUUUCGCUUCGGCUUCAUCGUCAUCUAUUUGUCUCAGCCACUCAUCAGUGGAUUUACGACGGCUGCUGCGAUACACGUUUUUGUGUCUCAGCUGAAGUUCAUUUUUCAGCUACCGGUUGAGCCCUUUAACAAACCACUGGGACUCAUCUGGACCCUUAAAAGUAUAUUUGAGCAAAUCACCAACACCAACAUUGCGGAUUUAGUCACUGCACUCAUUAUCUUAGUCGUUGUGUCAGUGGUCAAGGAACUGAAUGACCGGUACAAAGCCAAACUGCCAGUACCAAUUCCGAUUGAAGUCAUUGUGACAGUCAUAGCAGCUGGACUAUCUUACGGCUUUAAUUUCAAAGAGAUAUUCCAGGUAGAUACAGUUGGAACAUUAGAUAUUGGAUUUCAGGCUCCAGUUGCCCCAGAUAUCAAGUAUUUCGAACGUUGUAUAGGAGACAGCAUCUCUAUUGCCAUUGUCGGCUUCGCUGUUGCCUUUUCAGUGGCUAAAGUUUAUUCCAUUAAGCACGAUUACCCCAUAGACGCCAACCAGGAAUUAAUUGCCUUUGGAAUCAGCAACAUCUUUGGAGGGGUCUUCAAAGGAUUUGCAGCAAGCACUUCUCUAUCAAGGUCUGGAGUGCAAGAAAGCACCGGGGGCAAGACACAGAUUGCUGGACUCCUGUCAGCUAUCAUUGUCAUGAUUGCUAUCUUAGCCAUUGGCUUUCUCUUGGAACCGCUGCAAAAGUCAGUCCUUGCAGCUUUGGUUCUGGGCAAUUUGAAGGGGAUGUUGAUGCAGUUCAAAGAGAUUGGAAUUCUGUGGAAAAAGGACAAGUGUGACUGUCUUGUCUGGAUUGUGACUUUCCUGGCUGCCCUUCUACUGGGACUGGAUCUUGGCUUAGCUGCCGGCCUUGGAUUUGAGCUCCUGACAGUUGUAUUCCGGGUCCAGUUUCCAAAAUGCACACUUUUGGCUAACGUUGGAAGGAAUGACAUCUACAGAAACAGAAAAGACUACUCAGAUAUAUAUGAGCCAGAAGGAGUGAAAGUUUUCAGGUGCCCAUCUCCAAUCUUUUUUGCUAAUGUUGACUUCUUCAAGGAAAAAUUGACUGCUGCGGUUGGUUUUAAACCAUUGAGGGUGUUACAGAAACGCAACAAAGCUCUAAGGAAAAUAAAGAAGAUGUUAAAGAAGGGAGAACUUCAAGAAACUCCAAAAGGUUUUCUUUGUACCGUCACUAAUGCGACCGACUCAGAUGAAGAGCUGGACAACAACAGGGUUGAAGAACUGAGUCAGCCCAUAAAUACGAAGGAUUUUCCAGUUCUGAUAAACUGGAACGCAAGCCUGCCUCCCAACAUCAGAGUUCCGAGAAUUGAUGUCCAUAGCGUCAUUCUUGAUUUUUCAGCAGUGUCCUUUCUGGAUGUUUCAGCUAUGAGAAUCAUCGGAGAGACUUUAAGAGAAUUCAUCCGGGUUGAUGUUGAAGUUUAUAUUGUGGGCGCACAUGAUGGUCUCCUGGAGAAGCUACAGAGAUGUGGAUUUUUUGAUGACGAAAUUAAGCCCUCCAUAUUUUUCCUGACCAUUCAUGACGCAAUUUUAUACAUAUUGAUGAAGGAGGAAACGAUCACCCGCUUAUCAAAAUUAGAAGCCAUCACGGAUAAUCAAAACAACAAUCACUAUAUAAUUAACACGAGUGGAGGACUACGCAAUCGGGACCUAACGGAAUCAAUAGAAACGAGAAUGUAAAAGAACCGCCCAAUCUUGAAACAACUGAUAAAAGGAGAUAAAAUGUUGGUUCUCCAACAGGAUCCCACAUUGAAUGAGGACAGAGGUGAGGGCCUGUCCCUCUUGUAAGGACAUUAAGUCACAUACACAAACAUGUAUGUACAAAAGAAGGUGGGCCUUCAACUACACGCCAUGCCUGACUUCCGGCAGAUUUAAUUCCUUUCACGGAUGCUUCAGCAUCAUAGGCAACCAUUUUUUGCCUCUUAAAACUUUUUUUUUUUAACAUCUUGUUUUGUUUUUCAUGGUUUCUUCAAAAAAAUGUUUGGGGUGUUUUUUUAUUUGAACUUUUUUAAAAAAUAAAAUUAAAACAGAUUAAAAAAAAAAGGAAGCACUUAACCAGGCUAUCCCUGUAUAUGAGUGUGUAGAUCGCAUGUUGUGUGAAAAUGCUGAUCUCAAAGAGCACUUGGUUUAUGCAGUCCCCCAAAGAUGAAAUAUCCAUUUCGUUGUAUAUUCCUCUACUAUGCAAAUAUGUAUAUACAAUAUGUGUAAAUAAUUCCGUUUGUCGGUUGAAGAUUGUACAUUUCCACGUUGUAAAUUGUUUAUAGGCUUCGAUAUAUUUUUUUCAUCGUUUUUAAUACUUUGUAUUUUGUUAUGUAAAUAUUGCUUCCAUAGAAGUUUUUGGGUUUGUUUUUUUUUUUAAGCAAAGGCUAUAAACGAAAGGCCUUUAUAAUUUAUAACCACAAUCAGGACUAGAAUUUCCCAUUUCUGAGCAAGGUGGGACUCGCACUCGGUUUAAAGACCUUUUUUAUCACACUAAUUAGGCGAAUCGCUGAAGUUAAGUAAAACCUGUGGUUGUUAAAUGAGUGUAACUUCCCCCCCCCCAUUGAUUUUGCUUCUCGGAAGAGCUCAAUUUUUGAUCACGUGAUCUUGGGGCUGCUGUGACGGUCGCUAAGUGCAAGACUCGGUUGUAAGUUAAUUUGUUUGUAACUUUGAACAGACGCUAAACGGAUGUCAACUGAAGACUACCUCUGACUUGCUGUUUAUUUGAGCAAAAUGAAAACCCUAAAAAAAUAAAAUCCUCUUUUAAAGAAUGCUUUAAGGUCUGUAGAUCUGUGGCAUUUUAAAACCAACGAGAAAAACUCAACGGCCUUUUAAUGUUAGGAAUGGCCCGUGAUUGAUAAAAGAAGUCUCUCUCCGAUGGAAUUUGAAUUUGAUUCCUAGUGUUUACCUCAUUCACGUAAUUUUAAAAUCCGAAUUGUGCUUGAAAUCUAAAAAUUAAUGUUACCUAUCCAAUCACAGUGGAUACCUUUCUCUGAUAUGCUUGAUUUUUAAUGCAAUAUUCGGUAAGCAAAAAAUAAAGCAUAUUUGUUUU